UAAUACCAUGAAUUAUAUUGCAAUACACAGUGAACAAUUCAUUUUAUUGUAUAAUUAUUCAAAAUCAUGUCAUUUCUUUUGAAGGACUUUAUGGCGAGUGAAUAUAUUAUAAAGAUUGAAAUAAUAAAACAUUUAACUUCACGGCUGGAUAGAAAUAUGGAAAAGCCCGUAAUGGGUUACAGUUUUGUUAAAAUGUAUUGAAUUUUCAAAUGCAAUAUCUGAUAAAGCCGGUUACCGUCGGAUAUUUUAACAUUGUCUUUUGUUAAAAGAUCAUAUUUUCAUAAAUUUGAGUCAGGUUUUUGAAGGAUUUAGAAAGAAAAGUUUGGAGCUAAGGGUUUGCUUGUGUUGUAGUAGUUAAACAGACUGGUGUUAGAGAAGCAUCACCAGCACAACAUGGCGACCCGGCACAUUGCCGUGGAAACCUGGCUGGAGGCGCUAGGUUUGAUGGAAUAUGUAACAUGUUUCACACAGUAUAACGGAGUAGAGAAUCUGUUGUAUAUGUCCGAGGCGGAGAUCAAGGAGCUCGGAGUGAAGAACGCCGCUCAUCGUGCCAAGAUAGUCUCCAGUCUCCGAAUACUGAGGGAGAAAUACGAGAGAUCCACUUUACCUGGUAAGAAGAACAGUCCACUACAACAUGUACAAAGGAGCCAAAGUGUCACAGCACAGUUAUCCCCGAGCUGGUCUCCACCAUCCUUACUGACCAGUCCAGACUACCAGCAGGUGAACGUGUCCCCGGAGAAACUACAGCAUGAUCUCAUUGUUGAGCUGCAGGGAGAUCCCGCAGACCUGAAGAGCAAGGCUUGGUAUCACGGUAGCAUCUCGCGGCAACGUGCCGAGAGACUUGUUUUCAAAAACGGAGAUUUCUUGGUACGUGAUUGUAUCUCGCAGCCGGGAGAUUUCGUAUUGACUUGUUGUUGGAAGGGCGGACCAUUACACUUUGUGAUAAAUUCCUCAGUUAUUGAUCAAGGACCUUACAAACUACCAAAGGUUACUUAUCAUUUUGAGGCAACUCAUUUUAACAGUGUACAAGAUUUAAUUCAGUUCUAUAUGGAUGAGUGUAAACAGAUUACAGAAAUUACUGGGGCUGUAAUAACUACACCAAUAGGGCGUAGUAUGCCCCUUACUUACUACGACAGUAAAUAUGGAGCACUAGCAGCAUUAUCAAAUGCCCAGGCAAAUCAUUACAGUGCCGUACACCAUCCAAACCAGCCUCCGGCAAUGCCAGCUGGACAAAAUCAUGUUUACCAGAGGAGCCCACUUGUCACUCCAGGGACAAGCCCAAGAUCCAGUCCUCAAGGUACCCCUGGUGUCAGUCCCCAUGGAACACCAGGCACCAGCCCACAUGGGAGCCCCAAGUCUGACAGGAGACAAAGAUUUGGGGAGCGGUCUGGUAGUCAACCGUUACUGUCUGUAAAUGAUAUACCAGUCUAUGUACCACCUGCCAUGGAUAGGUCAGACAGCUUACCUGUCAUUACAGGUGUUUAUAAACAAGUCACCCCUACACAAGAACCAGCAGAGGCCCUCCUACCUGGAGAUAAUGGAAUAUACAAAACAGUUACUCCAGUUACAACAGUCUAUACCCCUCCCAGUCAGCCUAGAGCUCCACCAGUCUACAUCCAUCAAAGAUCAGGAAGUGCGCCUGUUCUCACUCCAGGAGUUACAGUCACUCAGCAUUUUGAUUCUUUAGCUCCACCCAGGUCGUUGAACCCUGCCUCUUCUGACAGUGAUUUAUCAAAAGCCCCUCCUCCAAAACCAAGCAGAAUUCCAUCAGUAAAAUACAAGAAGAAACCGCAGGUUCAGAUAAGAAACGUAGCUCUGUACGAGGAUGAUUAUAGAGAUUAUAGUGACUAUAGUCAGGUGACCUCUGAACCCAGCUGGCUUAAGUCUGAAGCACCCAAUCAGCAGACAGAAAAAUUCAAACAGUCCAAUCAAAUGCAUGGAGACAAUAUAUAUGAUAAUAAUUUUAACCAAUCAAAAAAUGUUCCGCAAGAAAGAGAUUUGAAUCAGAAUUUAGAAGUGAGAACUGACAGUAGGAAAAUAUCCGACACUCAGUUCAAUAUUUUAGACGGAGAUAUGCACUCUGAUGUUCCGGCUUUCCCUCUAGAACUAAACUUAAAUCGGGACCAAAUUCGUACAAAACAACAAGACACUGUGGACUAUUCUACUAGCGGCAGAAGACAAGGAAUCCAUUUGACACACAUUCCAAGUCAGACACAAAAUUCAAGUCACAAAAAAAUUAAGAUACCAAAAAUAGAAACAGGACCUAGCUUUAAUUUGAAUUCUUACGUUUCUGUUAUACUUCCAAAUGAGAAUAAAUUAUUAGAACCGUCAGCAUUAAUUAACAUUCGAGAAAAACUGUUAAAGACAAAUGCAAAGGAAUUAGCUCUGUAUUUAACAAAAGUGGAUCUAGAGAUGUUGAAAGUGUUGAAUGAGGAAGAUUUAGGGGUGAAGGUCACUUCUGGUUUAGAGUUGAUAACUCUUCCACAGGGGAAACAACUUCGGCAAGAUAUAUUGGAAAGAAUAUACAGCCUAAAAGCAUUUGUAAUGGUGAUGAUAUUAACCUGCCCCAAGGUCAUUGAUCGUGCCAGCAUGUUGAGUCAGUGGAUACAGAUUGCUAUGGAAACCAAAGGAACUCUGGGAAAUCUAUUUGGGUUUGAAAAUGUCAUGGAAGGAUUGAUGUCAGAACAGAUUCAGAGAUUACGAGAUACUUGGAUGGUGUUGAGGCAGAGUCAUACAGGUAGUGCCUUCUUGUUUGAUACCAAGCUGAAAUCUGCCUUCCGUACACUGCAUGAUGGGAGUGGUUCACUUCCUGUACAGGAUAUCUGUAUACCUGGUAUCAAUCCCAUAGUGCAAUUGCUUGAGCGGACAUUAGAUGAUGAGAGUUACUUCCCUUGGGAGAGCUCAGACAUUAACAAUGGUCUUGACACUAUGUUGAUUCAUUUAGAUCUAGCUAGAGUUGUGACUGCGCAAUGUGGGGUUUACAGAGUAACAGGAAAUGCUUUAACUAAAGAUUUAGAACAGGACCAGGAAAAAAUGGAAGUGUUUCAGACAGAAUUUCAUCUCCGAUUUUUGUGGGGAUUCAAGGGAGCUGGAGUGGCAAGAAGCGAAAGACACAAUAAAUUUAACAUGUUGUUAACAGCUUAUUCUGAGAAAAUUGAGAAAGAAGGUGAUGAUGGUACAGCAGUUUGAAUACUGCUUCACUGUUGACGUUGAUACCAAAUGUGCCAAAAUUAUUGUUUACUAUUUUGCAAUCCUGUAUUUUGCUUUUUACCGUAUAUUCUCUUACAAAUUCCCCCAGGGGCAUAGCUUUUUGCAGUAGGGGGCAUUUAUUAAGGCCAUAGAAAUGGGAUGUUUUUAACAUGUUUAAGCCAAUAUAAGCAGUAAAUGCAACCUAUGAUCAAGGAUUUUUACAGCUAUAGCACAACCGUACUGAAGGUUUUGUUCUGACCUAAAUCAGUAUAUAUAUAUUUGGAAAAAGAGGUGGUGUUCUUAAUAGGGGAAGGACGUUAAUUAGGGAAAAUAUGGUAUUUUCCGUUUUCUUAUGUUCUAUGGAUACAUACCAAUCAAGGGUCCAAGCUUUGAAAACUGGGAACCAGUCUCAGAACUCCAUCAUCUCAUUGGUUGUUUCUUCAUGGACAAAUAUGAAAUCAACCAAUGACAAGACUACAUUUUUAGCUCGACUAUACGAAAUAUAUGGAGAGCUAUCCUACUCGCCCCAAUGUCAGGGUCUUUCUGUGUCCCCACCCAGGUUAAAGUUUUUUUUUACACUUUCUCCUUUUCACCUUAUCUCUGUAAUUACUUGAUGGAUUUGCUUCAAACUUUAAAAUAGUUAUUCUUCAUCAUCACCCACAUCAUCUGGCACAAGGGUCAUAACUCUCACACCAAUAUUUCAUUUUUACUUAGAAUUUCAGGUUAAAGUUUUGAUGCACUUUCACUCUAUCUCAGUUAUUACUGAGGUAAAUGGAUUUGAAUCAGAAUGAAAGUAGUUGUUCUGCAUCAUCUCCCACAUCAUAUGACGCAAGGUCAAUAACUCUGGCAUCAAAUUUAAUGAAUUAUCCCCCACUUUUAAAUAGAAUUUCAGGUUAAAGUUUUGAUGCACUUUCACUCCAUCACAGUUAUUAGCUGGACUUUUUGAAGAAAAAGUAGAGCUAUUGUACUCGCCGCGGUGUCGGUGUCGGCAUCGCCGUCGCCGUUGGUUAAAGUUUUUGAUAAAGUUAAAUAUCUCUGUUACUAUCAAAGCUAUUGACUUGAAACUUAAAGUAGUUAUUAACUAUCAAAGUCUACACCAGAAGAAACAAUUCCCAUAACUCUGAUUUGAAAUUUAACAGAAUUAUGCGCCUUUUUAACUUAGAAUUUUUUGUUAAAAUUUUUUAUAAAGUCAAAUAUCUCUGUUACUAUUAAAGCUUUUGACUUGAAACUCAAAAUAGUUAUUUACUAUCAAAGUCUACACCAGGAGACACAAUCCCCAUAACUCUGUUUGAAUUUUGACAGAGUUAUGUCCCUUUUUAACUUGGAAUUUUUUUUACUGGCAAAGCUCUAAUUCAGAGUCAAGCACUGAGAAAAGUCGACCGCGCUGUCUUACGGACAGCUCUUGUUAAUAAAUGGAUUUGAUUCAAGCUUAAAAUGGUUGUUCCACCUUAUCGCCCACACCAUAUGACACAAGGUGCAUAAUUUUUCAUGAAUUAUGCCCCAUUUUACCUAGAAUUUAACGUUAAGUUUGAUGCAUUUUCGCUACAUCUUAGUUAUUACUAAAUGGAUUUGAUUCAAACUUGAAGUAGUUGUUUCACAUCAUCACCCACAUUAUAUGACCCAAGGUGAUAACUCUUGCACCAAUAUUUUGUGAAUUAUGCCCCUUUUAUUCAUUAAACACAGCCCCAGCUUCCUCAUAUAUGCCCAGUUUCACUAUCCAGCAUCAAAAUAGUCAAGCAUGCUGUCUCCUGUGACAGCUCUUGUUAUACUGGUAUCCUGAUAAUCCGGACACUUGUGACCAAAAAUACUUGAAUCUCAUAGGAUUGUUUUUUAUGUAAAUGUUUUUUGUCUGCAGUUGUGCAUUGUUAAUAGCAUAAUGAUAUUUAAUGUCUUUAUUUUACUCAAGAUAUCAGCUUCCAAACAUUCCAGAUAGAAAAUUAAAUAUUGCAUUCUUAUUUACUGGUAAUAUUUAUAUUCACAUGAAACUCCUGUGUUUUAAAGUAAGUUCUUAUGUUUAAAUUUGUUAUUAACUAUAUCUGUGGAACCAGAAUUCUAUGACUUAAGGCUUUUUUUACUGAAGUUUGAAAGGUUGGUGUGUGUGUGUAUAAUCAUGUUCGGGUUUAAGGUAUAGGUCCAUGUUUCGAACGUCAUCAAAUCAUAGAAAGAAAGCAUUGUUUUACUUGAAAAUUUAACAGCAUAUAAAAUAUUUAUAUUAUUCUACAAAACCAUUGUCAGUUAACUGCUAUAUUUAUUGAAUUCCGGAAAGGAACUGCAUGAAGGGGCCACACUUCUGGACAGUUCAGUGGCUUUAAAAACUCACCAUUUUUAAAAGCUGUUACAUGUCUUCGUUUUGAUGCAUUUGCAACAUCAUGCGAGUGUUUAAACUUUACAUAACUAGGUAAACAUCGUUUUGACAAUUGUUUACAUUUAUUUCUUUACAAAUUGCAUUCUUAUUUAAAGGGGGACAAUUCAUUAAGAAUAUUUUAAGUAUCCAACUCUGUGGGACAGAACAGUAAAACAUAUAUUGGUCAGAUAAGUUGUGUGUCAAGAUGCUGUUCAUUUACUAAAAAAAUCUGUUGUUUUGUGAUAUACUGCUAAACCUUAACUCUUUUUCAACAAAUUUUCAGUUCACUUACACUAACUUAGUAAGUGCUCAUUUCUAGAAGUUCUUAAAUGUCCAAGUUUAUGUCUGUUACUUGACAGUACUAAUUACACUAUUUUUAUUUCUUUUAUGAUAUCCACAGUUAUGGCCCUUUUCACUAACAAGCAUCAAAAAUAGUUAAAUGAGUUGUCACAUUUUACAAUACCUAUAUGUUAAAUGCUAAUAAUUCUUGCAUCUGUAAAACUAACAUUAAAUGCCAUGUUUCUAAAACUUUUUUUUUCUUUUUGGUGGGGUGUGGGGGGGGGAUGCCAGGCACAACCUGUAUGAAUUCAAAGCAUAAACCUUGUAUACAUUCAUACAUGAUGUGCCUGGCAACCAAAAAAUUAAAAAAAAAACCCAACAAAUACUGGAUUACUUUUGUACGAAGGAACCGACCAUGUACUUUCAUUUAUGAUUUUGUGGUGCAAACAUUUUCUUGUUUUUUUUUAGUAGCCAGUCUACUGGACUUAAUGAAAUUUUUAGCUUGUGUUUAACAGGAUCUGUUUACUAACAAAUACUUGUGUUUGUUUAGGAACUUAAGUAUGAAUUAAAUGGUAUUUUUGUGUGUUUGGAUGGGUAUAUUUUCUUACAUUGUAAUUCCCUCCCAAUAUUUUUGUUAAAGGUCCAAUACUAAGGAAAGUGAACAUCUUAAUUUCUUUUAAAAGCACAGAAACUAUUUCAUUUUAUUGGAAAAUGAAAGUUGGUAUGUAGAAAUUAGAAAUAAAUCGCAGUAUAUGUACAAUUAUUUUUCUAUGAAGUAUGAAGAAAGUUAAGAAGACCUGGGGGGUCAUUCUGUCGAUUCAUUGAAAUUUCAACAUAAUACACAUACAUUUCUUUGAGUUCCAAAGACCUUCUGUAAAUUUUGACCUUCCAAUCUUCAUUAUUUAGUGUCUUGCAGAAGUCUAUGCACUGGCUAUGAAAAAAAUUGCCAACUCACUUUCUCUUAGUAAUGGACCUUUAAGAAUGUCUUUUAAUUCAGUAAACUAUAACAUUGUCGUGUCAAUUCUGUUUUGAUCUUAAGUGCCAGAAGUUUUAGCUUUCAAAAGUAUUUUGUCUGAUUUUCAAAGUUUUCUUCAUGAGUUUUCUCCAAGCGAUGCAACUCCAUUUCAUGUUUUUAUUGUGAAUGACAUCAGAUUUCAAGUGGAUGUAAAUACUAGAGUACAUGUAUUAAAGUUUAUUUGCUAUUUCUGCAAUAUAUUGAGCAUAAUGUCUUUGUGAGGAGCUGCAAUAUAAACUGUCAUAUUUAUUUCAGUGUUUGUAUUUCUGUAACAUAAAGGUUAUAUUGCUUCUGCUUUCUAACCAAUCAGGACUCCUUAGUGGUAGAUCGUUAAUGCGUAAAAAAAAAUAAAAAAAUGUUUGUUUCCGGUAUCCCGACCUACCCUAAACUUUUGGCCCGAGCCUAAAUGUUUUUGGUACGUUGGAGAAUUUUUUUUUUUAUCUUUUUAACAAAAAGUUGCAGAACUGCACUUUUUAGCUCGACUAUUCGAAGAAUAAGUAGAGCUAUCCUACUCACCACGGUGUCGGCGUCUGCAUUGGCGUCGGCGUCACACCCUGGUUAAGUUUUUCGUACCAGUCCACAUUUUGACAAAGUCUUUUGAGAUAAAGCUUUGAAACUUUCAACACUUGUUUACCAUCACCAUGUCCAGUUAUAGGCAAGAGUACAUAACUCUGUCAAGCAUUUUGACUGAAUUAUGGCCCCUUUUGACUUAGAAAUCUUGGUUAAGUUUUUCGUACCAGUUCAUAUUUUGACAAAGUCUUUUGAGAUAAAGCUUUGAAACUUUCAACACUUGUUUACCAUCACCAUGUCCAGUUAUAGGCAAGAGUACAUAACUCUGUCAAGCAUUUUGACUGAAUUAUGGCCCCUUUUGACUUAGAAAUCUUGGUUAAGUUUUUCGUACCAGUUCAUAUUUUGACAAAGUCUUUUGAGAUAAAGCUUUGAAACUUUCAACACUUGUUUACCAUCACCAUGUCCAGUUGUAGGCAAGAGUACAUAACUCCAUCAAGCAUUUUGACUGAAUUAUGGCCCCUUUUUGACUUAGAAAUCUUGGUUAAGUUUUUCGUACCAGUCCACAUUUUGACAAAGUCUUUUGAGAUAAAGCUUUGAAACUUUCAACACUUGUUUACCAUCACAAUAUCCAGUUGUAGGCAAGAGUACAUAACUCCAUCAAGCAUUUUGACUUAAUUAUGGCCCCUUUUGACUUAGAAAUCUUGGUUAAGUUUUUCGUACCAGUUUAUAUUUUGUGUAAAGUGUUUGACAUAUGGCUUUGAAACUUUUAUAUCUUGUUCAGUAUAAUAGUCUCUAUCAAUAGGCAGGAGUACGUAACUCUCUCCUCUUUUUUGGCUGAAUUAUGGCCCUUUUUGAACUUGGAAACUGGUUCUGUUUUGUAUAUGUCCAUGUUUUGUCAAGACUAUUUGACAUAUGUCUUUUAAACUUUAAACACUUGUUUAUCAUUAUGAUUUCCAUCUCUAGGCAAGAGUACAUAACUCUGACAACUAUUUUGACUGAAUUAUGGCCCUUUUUGGACUUUCAAAUUUGUUCAGUUUUUCUUACAAGUCAGCGUUUUGUCAAAACUAUUUGAACUGUGGCUUUGAAACUUUUAACACUAGUUUAUCAACAUGAUUUCCAUCUGUAGGCAAGAGUACAUAACUCUGUCAACUAUUUUGACUGAAUUAUGGCCCCUUUUGGACUUGGAGAUAAGUUAAAUUUUUCAUAUAAGUCCAUGUUUUGCCUAACAUAUAACUUAACAUAUUUGCCAUCAUGGUCACACAUUGCCAUUUAGUGCAAGACUAAUCGAAAUCCACAAAUACAGGAACAUUUUUUGUUUAAUCCAUUUUUUUUAGUCUGAAAAUCUAUGGAAAUAUUUUGACCCCAUUCUUCAAUCAAUUCUUCGAAUAGUCGAGCGCGCUGUCAUCCGACAGCUCUUGUUAUGCUUUAAACAUGGUCAGUGAUGUUAGAAAUCAACUUUCUGAUGCUCUAAAGGCAUAACAGCCUUAUUUGUAUUAAUUUUUUGACACAAAAAUAAUUUCCAAAAAGUCUCCCUUAAAAAAAAAAAUCAAAAAAACAAAAAUUCUGACCUGCCUACCCUAAUUUUUUUGAGCAUGUUACCGGAAACAAAGAAUUUUUUUUAGGCCUAAAACGUUUUAUUGAUAAAUUAAGUCUGCUUCAGUAUAAAACAAAAGUCUGAGUGGUCACAGUUGAACCUGUCUCAGCAGCAGUCUGUAUUACGCAGCCACCUGGCUUAUGCUGCCAGUCAGUUCUCUUCCACAGUUAACUUUUUUGUCCAUUUUUAAAUUCUUUUAUGCAGCCACCUGGCUUGUAAGCAGCCAGUUAAUUGACUUUCACAGUAAACUUUUUGUUCAAAUUUUGAUUUCUUUUAAGCAGCCAGUCGGCCAGUUUUUUGUUCAAAUUUCAACUUAGUUUAAGCAGCCACCUGGAUUUUAUAAGCAGCCAGACAAUUGUCUUCCACAAUAAACUUUUUGUUCAAAUUUCAACUUCGUUUAAGCAGCCAGUCGGCCAAUUUCACAAAUUAACUUUUUGUUUCAGUUUCAUACAGCUAUCUCCAUUAAGCAGAUUGGCCUUCCUUGACUUCAUGUUUCAUACAUUUUGACUGUAUAUCUGUUGGAUCUUGCCUAACUUAUCCAAGAAGGAAAAACUUGAGAAAUUUAUGAUGUAUAACGUCGAUUGGCGACAGUCCAAAAUAUUUAUCUUGCCCAAUAUUGAGUAAUAACUACAAAAAGUGCAGAUUACGUCUGGCGUGUAGUUUCUUAUGCCUAUCAAAGAGCUAUGUAGUAAACGUGUAUUAGGGUUUUUGUGAAAUUUGUGAUUAUUUUGAUAUAAAGUUUAGGUACCACAAUUCCUUUUUGUUGGCACUUCACAUUGUUUUAAUUAUCUUACCACACAAUGCAGGGAGCUACAGUCGGCCUUUCUUAUUUAUAAAUGUAUUUCCAGCUAUGAUGGUGGAGGAAGACCCCCAGUUGCAUCUUCCAACCUUCUGUAAUCCAGCUUGAUGACUUUCUACAUAAAGAAUUCUAUGCCCACAGUGAGGCUGUAUGCCCACAGUGAGACUGUAUGCCCACAGUGAGACUGUAUGCCCACAGUGAGGCUGUAUGCCCACAGUGAGGCUGUAUCCCCACAGUGAGGCUGUAUGCCCACAGUGAGGCUGUAUGCCCACAGUGAGGCUGUAUGCCCACAGUGAGACUGUAUGCCCACAGUGAGGCUGUAUCCCCACAGUGAGACUGUAUCCCCACAGUGAGACUGUAUCCCCACAGUGAGGCUGUAUCCCCACAGUGAGACUGUAUCCCCACAGUGAGGCUGUAUGCCCACAGUGAGACUGUAUCCCCACAGUGAGGCUGUAUCCCCACAGUGAGGCUGUAUCCCCACAGUGAGACUGUAUCCCCACAGUGAGGCUGUAUCCCCACAGUGAGACUGUAUCCCCACAGUGAGGCUGUAUCCCCACAGUGAGGCUGUAUGCCCACAGUGAGACUGUAUCCCCACAGUGAGGCUGUAAGCCAAAGAGGUGUGGAGCAAGUGAUUUAAAGUCAGUGACCAUAACCACUCAGCCACGGUGGCCCAAGACUGAUUAUAGAGCAAUGUUGUUACGUCGAAUAAAAGGCUUUAAAAGAAUAAAAUAUUACUGGUGUGGUUAUUGUUAAAAUAUCUUAGUAUUUGAAGACAAGACUCGUCUUUAUCAUUAGGUCCAAAAGAAAGGUCAUUUAGACUUGAUCUUACAGCAGAAAGGGACCACAGUUUAAUUUUUCUAAGUGGAGUGAUUUGCUACACAAGAGAUUCACUGGAAAUGUAAAAGUUUAACACUAGGAAUAACAGACAUGUGAAUUUUUUUUCACAAGGAAAGUUUAAUUGCAAUUAUUACUGAAAAAUUUGAGAAUGAUUUGAUAUUGCAUGAAUCGUCUUAUUUUACAAUACAUGUUACUGCUGUUAUAAAGAAAGUAAAAGAUAUUAAUCCACUA